GCAGAUGCACAAGUUGCACAAAUUCCAUCAACUAACUGCCCCCUUGACAUCUGCCUCAGCUCGACCUUCAUUCCUCCCACUUGUUAAGGAUCUCAGCGCUCCAUCCUCUUCUCAUGUCUCAGUAACUGUCGAGACAGGCAGCGCCGUCGCGAAACAAUUGCUUAGUCUUCCGGGGCGCAAACGACAGGCACGCGGUCAAGCAUGGAGAAAUACUCGCAGUUCCGGGACAAAGGUUCCGGAGUCUCGCCCUUCAUCCCCAUCUCCAGCCCGACCACGGCGCUCUGGACAGUGCUCCACGUGCUCAUCUUCCUCUUCCGGCUCCCCUUCUUCGUCGCCUACACGGCCUUCUACUUCAUCGUCCUCCACCACCUCCCGCUCCCCGUCUUCGCCCGCAAGCUCCUCCUCUGGGGCAUGAUGGGCAUCCCGGGCAUCUGGUGGGUCGACCUACAGCUCGACGGCGUCAAGCGCGGCCACCUAUCAUCCCAGCCGCCCGAGCGCGUGCCGCACCCGGGCUCCGUCAUCGCCGCCAGCUUCACCAGCCCCAUCGACGCCCUCUACCUCGCCGCCGUCUUCGACCCCAUCUUCACCGUCUCGCGCCCCGGCAGCCGCAAGGUCCGCCGCGUCGGCCUUGCGCGCGCCGUCGCACUGGCCCUCAGCCCGGCGCAGUUCUCGGGGCUCGACGACGACGCCCCCCGGGGGACCACGACGACAGAUCUCCGCGCCCUCGCCCGCCGCCACCCGGGCCGCGUCAUAGCCGUAUUCCCCGAGUGCGCCACCACAAACGGCCGCGGCAUCCUGCCCUUCAGCCCCAGCCUACUAGCCGCGCCCGCCGCCGCGCCCGUCUUCCCCGUCAGCAUCCGCUACACGCCCGCCGACAUCACCACGCCCGUUCCCGGGCUGGCCGCGUGGGUCGCCUUCCUGUGGAAGCUGCUGUCGCGGCCCACGCACUGCAUCCGCGUCCGCAUCGCCGAGGGGGUGCGCGUGGUGGCGGCGCCGGGGGACGGGGACGGGGAAGGGGAAGGGGAAGGCGAGGAGGCGACGGGGGACGUCACUUCCCAGGAGAGGCGCGUGCUCGAUAGGAUAGCCGAGGCGCUGGCGCGGCUGGGCAGGAACAAGAGGGUGGGCUUGACGUUGCGGGAUAAGGCCCGGUUUGUGGAGGCUUGGAGACGGGGCCGGAAAUGAGGCGGCGAAAGGGUGCGUGCGUGGCGAGGUAUUGCAGUGAGGAGCAUGUCGCUUACGUGGCUGACUCUGCCGGGCUCGAGACGUGGAGCCGUGGUACGCCGGGUUUCAGGCUUUACAGGAGAAAUUUAUUUUUAGGGGGGGUCUUGUUGUUAGCAUCGCAUAUUAUUCGCAUGUGGGUGGUGUUUGUCCAAAAGAAAGGAGCCAUGGCGCUCAAAUCAUAGUCACCUAUCAAUCAACGUUUGUAGUAUAAGUAUAGGUGUGAUAUCACCUCUAGUAGUGUAGAUAGUUUGUUUUCUCGAACCAAUUGUCAAAAAUAACAAGACCCUUUUGAUUGCGCCUUUGGAUUUCCGGAUCCCGGCUACAGAACUACUUUAAAUCCCCCGUGUACAGAUCCCCAAAACAACCUAAUAUCAACCUGCUCUCAGUCUCCAACCGUGCGUCGACCACUCCAACAACC